AUGACGAAGAUACGGUUCAUUUUGGGCGCGAUUACUUUACUAUCUACGAUAGUUCAUGCAUUGUCUACGGGGAACCAUGGCAUACGUCGUGCCAAAAGACAGGACUCGACAGACCGACUGGUCUUUGCGCACUUUAUGAUUGGAAUCGUCAGCAACAGAAACAGCGCGUCGGACUAUGAUGACGACAUGAAACGGGCUAAGUCUCUGGGGAUUGACGCAUUCGCUCUGAACAUUGGCGUCGACCCCUAUACUGAUCAACAACUCCAAUUUGCAUAUGACUCAGCUGCCAACAAUGACAUGAAGGUCUUCCUGUCAUUCGAUUUCAAUUGGUGGCAUACUGAUCAGGCUACCGCAGUGGGCCAGAAAGUUGCCCAGUAUGCUAGCAAGCCUGCACAACUUCUCGUUGACGACAAGGUAUUCGUUUCAUCCUUCGCCGGAGAUGGAAUAGAUGUUGCAGCAUUGCGAGCUGCAGCUGGCAAAUCGAUCUUUUUCGCGCCCAAUUUCCACCCAUCCACUGGGACGGAUAUCUCACCAGUUGAUGGCCUCUUAAAUUGGAUGGCAUGGCCAAAUAACGGAAACAACAAAGCCCCAACUGCAGAUAAAAAUAUUUCCGUCGCCGACGGAGAUAAAGAAUAUGUCGACGCCCUUGGCGGAAAAGCUUAUAUUGCCCCUGUAUCCCCGUGGUUUUUCACGCAUUUCGGAUCCGAAGUUUCUUACAGCAAAAAUUGGAACUUCCCAUCUGAUCUCCUGUGGUUCAACAGAUGGAAUGAGAUUCUUGAGUUGAAACCGCGAUUUAUCGAGAUUGUGACAUGGAAUGACUACGGAGAGUCUCAUUACAUUGGUCCUUUAAAAUCACCGCAUACUGACGACGGGGCCUCAAAAUGGGUCAAUGACAUGCCCCACGACGGAUGGCUGGAUAUUUCAAAACCAUACAUCGCCGCCUUCAAAGCAGGCGAGUCGUCCCCCAACAAUCGUAUCUCAUCUGAUGAGUUGAUCUACUGGUAUAGACCUGCACCGCGUGGGGUGAACUGCGACUCCACAGACACUUGCAUGGUACCAGCAAACAAUGGGAGUGGAAACUAUUUCAUGGGUCGUCCAGAUGGCUGGGAAUCCAUGGCCGACUCUGUCUUCGUUGUAUCAUUGCUUACAUCCCCCGCCACGGUGGAGGUCAAUAGCGGCGGGACUGUCCAUAACUACGAAGCACCAGCCGGAGCAAGUGCAAAGGAGGUGCCAAUGGGAGUUGGUGCACAAAGCUUCGCGGUCAAUCGCGACGGGAAAACUGUUCUAUCAGGGACCAGUUUGAAGGAGAUCAUCGACGGGUGCGUGUGCGGUUUGUAUAACUUCAACGCCUACGUCGGAACGCUCCCGGCAGGAUCGGACGAUGCCCUCCAGCCAGAGGGGCUCUCUGCCUUUACACAGGGCCUGCGUGUCCAGACAUGUCAACCGACCCCCUCGUUAGGUACAGUGCCUCCAGCUGCUCCGUCUUCGAGUAAGAGCACCAUAUUGCCAAGUUCUCCCCCGAGCACAACAACAGCCCCUGGGCCAUGCUCUGCUAUCCCGUCGACUGUCGUGACGACUGUUACAGUUACCGAGGCUAUGACCGCACCGAACUCCACUCCUGCAACCCGAACUUGCGGCGGCGGCGGUGGAGGAGGUGGUAACGGUGGAGGUGGAAAUGGCAGUGGAGGUACUGGAGGAGGCGGCGGCGGCGGCGGAGGAGGAGGAGGAGGAGGAGGAGGAGGGGGUGAUAGUGCGGGUAGGGCCUGCGUUGCGGGAACAGGAACCAACAACUACAGUGGGUUGUGUUCGUUUUGUUGCAGCUAUGGUUAUUGUCCAUCGGGACCCUGCACUUGUACGCGGUAUGGAACUGCAGUCCCGCUUCCACCGUCAACCGGAGCUCAUGGGGCACCUCUUAUCGGCGAAGACAACUCAUAUCUGGGUCUUUGCAGUUUUGCAUGUGAUCAUGGAUAUUGUCCCCCUACAGCCUGCAGAAUAGCUUGA